AUGGAGAAGAGUCCGACCCAGGAGGCGGAGGACGGCUCGUACCUGUGUUUCCAGAGGACUCCUUCUCUCAGACGCAAAUGGAGGAAACGUUAUGGCGGCCUGGACGGCAACAAACUCCUGGAGCCCAAUAAAGACCCAGACAUGAAAGAGGAUGGACGGAUGACAGACGAGAGUCAACCGAGGAAAACGGAGAACCAGGAUACGGCCCCUCGUCCAGCUCCCAGGAGCCUGAUCCAGGUCCAGGUCCAGACUGGAAUCCAGAAGCCCGUCAGUCUCGUCAGUCCUGGAUCGGCAGUGGUUCCGGUGUCGGUCAGUAACGGCUGCCUGAAGUCUCCUCUCCCUCAGGCGGUGGUCCAGCCGGAGGACAGAGGCUUCCCCUCCGCUCAGCCCUGGUUCUCCUCCCAGCCGAGCCCCUCCAAACGCAGGGCGGCUGCUGACGUGCUGUUUGACAGCUUCGCCUCAGACGGGAGAAUUAACGUCAACCAGUUCUUUGAGGCCAUCUGGAGCUCCGGCCUGCACAGAUCGGACCCUCGGCUCAGAGAGUGUUUCUUCCACCUGAGGAAGCUGCAGGACGCUGAGGGAACGGUGGACAGGAACACCUUUCACAGGUGCAUCACCGGGUUCGUCUCCCUCAUCCUGAAAGCUCUGCAGGGUCGAUUCGUCAUCCCAGAUUUUUCCACUUUUACUGAAGAGACACAGAAGUUGUUUUCGAGGUGUCGUCAGCUGUCGUCUGUCCAGGAGAAGGAGAAGGAGAGCAUGGACAGCACUAAAUGCGUCUCGAUCUGCACAGUGGACGGGCAGAGGUACAUCUAUACUGUCUCUGGCGACUGGGCCGGCUCUCUGGUUCUGGGCGAGGUGUCAUGGCCGCUGGUGUACGGUGUGGCGGUGGACCUGCUGAGCUCCGACCUCGUCCACAGAUACGUCGGCGUGGAGGAAUACUCCAGACACGACUCUCCGUUCACACUCACUAAAACAGGAAUUCCUCACAGCCCGCUCACUGAGACAGGAGCCGUCGUCACCACGUCUUUAUUGCAGCUGGCGGGGAGGCUGUGUGCAGAGGAAGAGGAGAAGUAUGACUCGGUGUUGAACGUCAUCCGGAGACUCUGCAACAAGGAGCACGCCAACUUAAACUGCACCAGCAGCAGGAAGGCCAGCGUCCGGCUCCACGCUCUGUCUUUCUACCUGCAGGAGAAGAAGUGUUUUCCAGAGAAGGCGGACAUCAACGCUGCUCUGGAUCUGAUGCUGCAGUGCUCCUCAACAGAAGUCACCUGUGAAUCAGGAGCCGCCAUGGCCGCGUCGUUAGCCAACGGAGGCCUCUGCCCGCUGUCAGGUGACCAGGUGCUGUCGCCGGGGACGACGCGGAGCAUGCUGUCAAUGAUGCAGGUGGCAGGGAUGAAGGAUUACUCCACAACCUUUCACUACAAGACAUCGGUACCAGCGGUGUCCAGCAGCCACGGCUCCCUGCUGGCGGUCGUCCCCGGUGUUUUGGGUUUGAUGGCGUUCUCUCCGGAGUUAGACGCCUGCGGGAAUCCAUGGAGAGCCGUCCACUUCUGUCAGGAGCUGAUCUCGACCUUCCAGCUGCACAGUUUUGACAUCAGGACUCCGUUCAGACAGGUUCUGGCCUACCGACAGUGGAAAGCUGAAUCUGAGGGAUACCAGAUCAUGAACGUCCUGCUGGCUGCUUUUAAAGGAGACGUCCAAUCCCUGAGGAGGUACUUCCUGUCUGGAGUGGAUGUAAACGCUGUCGACUACGACGGCAGGUCGGCUCUGCACGUAGCGGCCGCCGAAGGUCACACAGAGGUCAUCCGCUUCCUGCUGGAGAACAGUGGAGCGAACCCCGCCCUGAAGGACAGGUGGGGGAGCUCUCCUCUGCAGGAAGCCAGGAGACACAACAAAGAAGCUGCAGUCCAACUUCUGCAGGGAAACAUCUGA